CGAGUCGAGUCCAGCCGCGCCGCCUCCCCGGGGAGCCGCGGGGUACCGCGCACGGCCCGCCGAGCACCGACACCGGGCACCGGCACCGGGUACCGCGCACGGACCGCUGAGCACCGGCACAGGGCAUCGGCACCGGGUACCGCGCACGGAUCGCCCGACGCCGCUCCCCGGGAACCGGGCUGGGAGCGCCGGGCACCUCACUCCCGACGCCGUGCCCUGGGCACCGGGCACCAGCCGCAGCCCGGUGCCGGCCCGCCCGCCCCGCGGCCCCCCGCGGCCGCCCUCACCGGAGCCGCCCGCCCUGCCCGCGCCCCGCGCGUCCGGAAACACGCGUGGAUGUAGCGGCCGGGCCGGGGGCUCCGCGGCACCAUAAAUACCCCGGCGGCCGCUCGCCCGCGCACUCUGCCGGGGCUCCCGGGGCUGGAGCCAUGCGAGCCGCCGCGCUGGGGCUGGCGCUCCGGGCGCUCUGGGCUCUGGCCCUCUCCUCCCUCUCCAACACGCUGGCGGUGAACAACAGCGGACGGUGGUGGGGCAUCAUCAACGUGGCCUCGUCCACCAACCUGCUGACGGACUCCAAGAACGUGCAGCUGGUGCUGGACCCCAGCCUGCAGCUGCUGAGCCGCAAGCAGCGCAAGCUGAUCCGCCAGAACCCCGGCAUCCUGCACAGCGUCAGCUCCGGCCUCCAGACUGCCAUCAAGGAGUGCAAGUGGCAGUUCCGCAACCGCCGCUGGAACUGUCCCACCUCCCAGGGCCCCAACAUCUUCGGCAAAAUCGUCAACCGGGGCUGCCGGGAGACGGCGUUCAUCUUCGCCAUCACCAGCGCUGGUGUGACGCACUCGGUGGCCCGGUCCUGCUCCGAGGGCUCCAUCGAGUCCUGCACCUGUGACUACCGGCGCCGCGGUCCCGGGGGGCCCGACUGGCAUUGGGGGGGCUGCAGCGACAACAUCGACUUCGGGCGCCUCUUCGGGAGGGAGUUUGUCGACUCCAGCGAGAAGGGCCGUGACCUGCGCUUCCUCAUGAACCUGCACAACAAUGAAGCCGGGCGCAUGACGGUCUUCUCGGAGAUGCGCCAGGAGUGCAAGUGCCACGGCAUGUCGGGCUCCUGCACCGUCCGCACGUGCUGGAUGCGGCUGCCCACCUUCCGCGCCGUGGGUGACGUCCUGAAGGACCGCUUCGACGGCGCCUCCCGCGUCAUCUACGGCAACAAGGGCAGCAACCGGGCGUCGCGGGUGGAGCUGCAUCACCUGGAGCCGGAGAACCCGGCCCACAAACCCCCCUCGCCCCACGACCUUGUCUACUUCGAGAAGUCGCCCAAUUUCUGCACCUACAGCGGGAAGACGGGGACGGCGGGCACAGCCGGGCGCUUCUGCAACAGCUCCUCGCCGGGGCUGGAUGGGUGCGAGCUGCUGUGCUGCGGGCGCGGGUACCGCACGCGCACCCAGCGCGUCACCGAGCGCUGCAACUGCACCUUCCACUGGUGCUGCCACGUCAGCUGCCUGAACUGCACCAACACGCAGGUGCUGCACGAGUGCUUGUGAGCCCCCGGGGACCACCCUGCCCAGCCCCGGAGGGGGUCUGCGCCACCCCCCAUGACGGGUGCCCGGCUGGUUUGAAGGCGCCCACGGGUGGGUGUGUGGCUGCGCCCUGGGGACACCCCCCCCACCCCCACCCCCCCCACCCCUCACCCCGGUCCUGUCCCGUCCCGGGGGCCGGCAGCCGGCCUGGAUGUGCCGUGCACCUUCCCGGACACCCGUCGGCCACUCUGGCUCUGUAGGGUCCCCUUCUCACUGUAAAUAAAAUAUUUAUUGUGGACGGUUUGAUGCCGCCCCCCCCACCCCCACCCCCA